GAGAAGUAGUGUACUACACGUUUUUUGCUGGGGCUGUGGUACCUACCAUACUUAAUUGAAAUUAUUUAAUAAGCAAUUAAAUCUCCACUUGACAGAAUGGCAGCCGAAAUCGUUGAUGACAGAGAACUGAGGGAGGCUCAGAGAGAUUAUUUGGAUUUUUUGGAUGAUGAGCAAGAUCAGGGAAUUUACCAGAGCAAAGUACGGGACAUGAUCACCAAUAAUCAGCACCGCCUGAUUGUGAAUAUCAAUGACCUUCGACGGAGGAACGAGAACCGUGCUGCUCGGUUACUAAACAAUGCGUUUGAGGAAUUGCUGCCAUUCCAGCAUGCCCUGAAGGAGCUGGUUGCCACUGUUGAUGCCACUUACGCCAAGCAAUAUGAGGAGUUCUACAUUGGUUUGGAGGGGAGCUUUGGCAGCAAGCAUGUAACACCACGCACACUCACCUCCCGCUUCCUGGGAAGUGUUGUCUGUGUGGAGGGCAUUGUCACAAAGUGCUCGCUGGUGCAUCCAAAGGUGGUCCGCAGCGUCCACUAUUGUGCUGCCACCAAGAAAACCAUGGAGCGCAAAUACACAGACUUAACUUCACUGGAACCCUUCCCCUCCAGUGCUGUCUACCCCACGAAGGAUGAGGAGAACAACCCAUUGGAGACAGAGUUCGGGCUGUCUGUAUACAAAGACCACCAGACCAUCACCAUUCAAGAGAUGCCAGAGAAGGCACCAGCUGGCCAACUGCCGCGAUCUGUGGACAUUGUGCUGGACAGUGACCUUGUAGACCAGGUUAAACCAGGGGACCGGGUGCAGGUCAUCGGGACCUAUCGCUGUUUGCCAGGAAAGAUGGGUGGAUACACCUCGGGAACUUUCAGAACCAUCAUGAUUGCCUGCCAUGUGAAGCAGAUGAGCAAAGAGGUGUCUCCUCUAUUCUCGGCUGAUGAUGUGGCCAAGAUCAGGAAGUUCAGCAAAGCUCGCUCUAAGGAUAUCUUUAACCAGCUAGCCAGGUCUCUGGCUCCCAGUAUCCACGGCCAUGAGUACAUCAAGAAGGCCAUUCUCUGCAUGCUGCUUGGGGGGGUGGAAAAGGUCCUGGAGAACGGCUCUCGAAUCCGUGGCGAUAUUAACAUCCUGCUCAUAGGUGACCCCUCUGUAGCAAAGUCCCAGCUCUUGCGUUAUGUGUUGCACACAGCUCCCCGGGCCAUCCCCACCACAGGCCGAGGCUCCUCUGGGGUGGGUCUGACUGCCGCCGUCACCACCGACCAGGAGACCGGUGAACGUCGGCUGGAGGCAGGUGCCAUGGUGCUGGCAGACAGAGGCGUGGUCUGUAUCGAUGAGUUUGACAAGAUGUCUGACAUGGACCGAACUGCCAUCCAUGAGGUGAUGGAGCAGGGUCGGGUCACCAUCGCUAAGGCAGGCAUCCAUGCCAGGCUGAACGCACGCUGCAGUGUCCUGGCUGCUGCCAACCCUGUCUAUGGCAGGUAUGACCAGUACAAGACCCCCAUGGAGAACAUUGGGCUGCAGGACUCUCUGCUUUCCCGUUUUGACCUGCUGUUCAUCAUGCUGGACCAGAUGGACCCGGAGCUGGACCGCGAGAUUUCUGAUCACGUCCUGCGCAUGCACCGCUAUCGGGGUGUAGGGGAGCAGGAUGGCGAUGCUUUACCCCUGGGCAGUGCUGUGGAAAAUCUGGCUACCGACGACCCCAAUGCAAUCCGUGAGGAGGAGGAGGAGCUUCAGGUUUACGAGAAACACAACAGCCUGCUUCAUGGAAGCAGACGCCGCUGGGAGAAGGUCCUCAGCAUGGAGUUCAUGAGGAAGUACAUCCACGUGGCCAAAAUUGUCAAGCCAGUCCUCACACAGGGGGCAGCCAAUCACAUUGCUGAGGAGUACUCCAGGCUGCGCAGCCAGGAACAGCUGACCAAUGAUGUUGCCCGGACCUCCCCUGUGACAGCACGAUCACUGGAAACAAUGAUUCGACUGUCAACGGCUCAUGCCAAGGCACGCAUGAGCAAAUCCAUCGAGCUGCAAGACGCAGAGGUGGCAGUGGAGCUGGUGCAGUUUGCCUACUUCAAAAAGGUGCUGGAGAAAGAGAAGAAGCGUCGCAGGGAAGAUGAUGGAGACACGGAGACAGAGGAGGAGGAUGAGGAGAGGCAGGGAGAGGGGGGAAAGGAGGAAGCAACUCCAGAGCACAGGAGGAAGCGGAGCUACAGGUCUGGUGAGCGCAGGCAACCAUCUAAGGAGGGAGAAGCAUACGAUCCCUACGAUUUUGGUGACAAAGAGGAGGAUACCCCUGAUGUUCAUAGUCGAACCCCCAAGACCCCCGAAUACCAAGAGGAGCCCAUGGAGACGAGGGGAGAUUCUAAGUUACAGUUGGCAGAUGCCAGGCUGAAGGAGUUCAAGGUUGCCUUGUUAGCAGCAUUCAAGUCUGCGCACGCUCAGUCAAUCAGCCUCCAUAACCUGAUGGACACCAUAAACAUGGGCAAUGAGAAGCCCUUCUCACAGGAGGAGGUGCUGACUGCACUCGACCACAUGCAGGACGACAACCAGGUAAUGGUGUCUGAUGAGAUCAUCUUCCUUAUCUGAGAGAGGACUUGUCUCUGACACUCCACUGAACAGUGAGGAAGGACACUGGGAGAAGGACCUACCCGCUUUUCGUGGAAUUGAUAGCGAGCCCUACAUACAUUGUGUACAAAUACUUUUAUUUGUUUUUCUGUGUAUUGGAGAUAAAGCAGUACGUGUCUGAAAUAAACACUUGUGACAGGGCAGAGGCCCUGCAGUGAUAAGUGGGUGUUUUGUGGCUAUUUUACACAGCCUUGUGUUUAAUUGUUUAAUUGUUUAAUUGUUAAUGGUUUUGUUCAUUUUAAUGAGGGAAACCUGUCUGUAAUUAGAGAGGUAGUUAUUUAAACAGGUCUGUAAGGUGUGUCUGUGGUCUGUAUGAAGGAGAAGGCCUGAGAAGAGACGUGUGGCCAGACAUAAAAAGGUAAAGAAAGAUACUGUGUGUUCUGUGUUCAAACUUGUCAUUGUGAUACAAGAGUUUUGGUGACUGGUAAACUGCUUAGCCAUCCGAGUAUAGUUUAGAACAGGGCUUCUCAAACCCGCCUGGGACCACCCCCCCCCCCA